AUGUCGAUUUCUACACUCACCCUUAACGACGGCAAUCAAGUCCCCUGGAUCGCAUUUGGCACCGGUACGGCGCUGUUCCAGCACGAUGCACAGGACGCUGUCAAAACUGCCAUUGCCAACGGUUUCACACACCUCGAUGGUGCCCAGAUGUACGAGAAUGAAGAAAGCUUGGGCGCCGGCAUCAAGGCGUCUGGCAUGCCACGCUCUGCGCUCUUCAUCACCACUAAGUUCCAUCGUCUGCAGCCUGACCAGACUGCCAAGAGCGCACUGCAGGUAUCGCUGAAGAAGUUGGGUGUAGAGUACGUGGAUCUGUACCUCGUGCACGUGCCCGGCCACCAUGCGGGUCGGUUGAAGGAGGUGUGGAAGUCGAUGGAGGAGUGCAAGAGAGAAGGACUAUCGAAGUCUAUUGGAGUGUCGAACUUCGAAGUUGAGCACUUAGAAGAGAUUUUGGAGGGCGCUGAGUUCCCGCCUUCGGUCAACCAGGUUGAGAUUCACCCGUAUGUGUGGAAGUCCUUACAACCUGUGAUCGCGCUCCAUAAACAACACAACAUCGUUACGUCCUCUUACGCUGGCCUAUCACCAAUCUUCCGCGCGCCAGGAGGACCCUUGGAUCCCGUAAUCGAGAAAAUCCGGGCACGUCUUGAGUCUACUCGAGGAGAGCCCGUGUCAGCCGGACAUGUGCUCAACAAGUGGUUGGAGCAGUAUGACAUUUUGGUCGUGACCACUUCGAGCAAGGCGGAUAGGAUGAGAGAGUAUCUCGAUACAGCCAACGUUCCGCGGUUGACGGCUGAGGAAAUAGAAUCCAUUGAGAUUGCUGGGGCGCAGCGUCAGCAGAAAUUUUUCUGGGACUGA